GUCUUUUCCUAAAGUAACAAACUACAAACUCGUGACACUUCUACUAUCAUGAACGACAUAACGUUUAUAUCCAUCUCGUUACCACAAGGAGUCGCCAUCCAAAGCACCUCCGCAGAUACUCCAGCACCAUCUCCCUCAUCACGCCAACCCACCGACCUAGAACUACUUUCCCCCACCAGCAACCAUGAUCGAACCCUUGCCCCCACAGACGGCGGCCUUGCAGCCUACAAACUCCUCGCUGCCGCUUUCGUAUUCGAAACAUUACUCUGGGGCUUUCCACUGUCUUUUGGUGUAUUUCAGGAAUACUACUCUAAAACACCUGAAUUCGCAAAGUCGGGAUACAUCUCUGUGGUUGGCACUGUGGCUUCUGGAUUGGGGUAUUUGGGGGCUCCGGUAUCUAUGCUGUGUUUACAGAGGUUUGGGAGGUGGAGGCGAGAGAUGAUUUGGGUGGGGUGGCCAAUCUGUAUUCUUGGCCUAGUAGCUGGAUCUUUUGCGUCAAGUCUGGAAGCUCUAAUUCUAUCUCAAGGAGUAGCUUAUGGGCUUGGCUUUCUGGUCUUCUAUUAUCCCAUCUUGUCUAUGGUGGAUGAGUAUUGGGUUGCAAAGAGAGGAAUGGCUUAUGGUAUCUUGUGUGCUGCAUCUGGCUUCUCUGGCGCAUUCAUGCCAUUUCUAUUGCAGACACUGCUGCAACAGUAUGGAUUUAGGACUACUCUGAGAGCUGUGGCUGUUGCUCUCAUAGUACUCACAGGUCCGCUGAUUCCUUUCUUGAAAGGCAGAUUACCAGUCUCGAGAAAUGCGACAACAAGAAAGAUCGACUGGAUGUUCCUACGCUUACCUGCCUUUUGGAUCUUCUCGUCUGCGAAUUUAUUGCAAGGAUUCGGCUAUUUCUUUCCCGGGCUCUACCUUCCCUCUUUUGCAUCAUCUUUGCAACUCUCUCCCAAAACAGGACCAAUGCUCUUAGCCCUGAUGAGUAUUUCUCAGGUCCUCGGACAAUUCACCUUUGGCUUCCUGUCUGACCGCAACAAUAUUUCCACCACUUUCCUUGCCGCUGUCAGUAUAUCUAUUGCAGGCGCGUCAACACUAGGACUUUGGUACACUUCCACUCAUCUCCCUACUCUUGUGAUCUUCAGCCUAUUGUACGGAUUUUUCGCAGCAGGCUUCACAGCUCUUUGGGCAAGGAUGACGUCUUCCAUGACCUCCGAUCCAGCUGCCUCACCAAUGGUCUUUGGCCUGCUGAAUUUUCAGAAGGGCGUAGGAAAUGUGCUUGCCGGACCAACUGGAGGAUUACUGGUUGCAGGUCAGCAAGAGGUGUCGGAACCACAGCGAUAUAGACCAGUGAUUUUGUUUACGGGUGUUUGCUUGUUGGCCAGUUUUGGUGUAAUGUGUUUAGGAUGGUUGAAACGUCUGACCGUUAUGUUGGAGGAGCGACCACAGGCUUCAGCCGGGGAUCAUGUUGCUUCCUCCCUGCUCACGGGCUGAAAAUCCAGCAUCGCUCAUACUCCUGUCCUCUAGGCACUUCGAAUUUCUCAAUCUUGCCGUACAGCUCGGUCUUCGUCGUCGGGCUUCGCCGAUGUAAUGAAAGAAAUGUAUGUUUUACAUAUUAUG